CAGAUGCUUUUCGGUUCGCCCUACUUAAAGUCAUAGAAAUGUUAUUUCAAAUCAAUCCUUUACCAAUAAAAUCCACAAAUGAAUAAUGACAACAAGUGAACAAACAAAUAAGAAGCUUUAUCCAGCUGUUGCAAUGUAUGGCCCUUGUACUGUUAAAAACGUCACAGAAGGUGAAAAGAAACUGUGGUGCGCUUGUGGUUUGAGCAAACAACAACCUUGGUGUGACGGUUCACAUAAGGGGACUGGAAUUAAACCUGUGAAAUGGACAGUUGAUAAGGCUCAGAGACUUUACCAGAUUUGUGCAUGUAAAUAUACAAAGGACCCACCAUAUUGUGAUGCCACACACACAAAUUUACCGUCUGAAAUAUUGGACAGACAGGAAAAUUGUGAAGACAAAGCUGGACAUGAACCCACUGUUAAAUUAUGCACAGGAUGUGGCUGGAUACCGGAUUUUUAAUAAAAAAUAGAAUAAAUAUCUACUGAGUAUUGUUCUCACCACCACAUAUUUAAUUCUAAACUAGCAUCAUUUCAUCAAAUAUUUUGGUUAUAUUUUACUGAAUAUAACUUAUGAAUUUAA